CGCCCGCGCCUUCCCUUGACAGCAGGACAAGGCGGAGGCAAGUGGGUCUGUCGGUCGGUUGAGAACGAGGCUCGGACUGAGAGGCCCGCGCGGAGCCGUUGCCAUGGCAGCCGCCGCCGGGGGCGCGGGCGACGAGCCGCGCUCGGGCCGCUCGAGCUCGGAUGGCGAGUGCGCGGUGGCGCCGGAGCCGCUGGCAGAAGCCGAGGGCCUCUUCUCUUUCGCGGACUUGGGGUCCGCCCUGGUCGGUGGCGCAGGCCUUCCGGGCCGGGCGUCCGGGGGCUCCGAGUCCCCGCUGCGCUUCCUCCAUGUCCUGUGGCAGCAGGACGCGGAGCCGCGCGAUGAGCUGCGCUGCAAGAUCCCGGCCGGCCGGCUCCGGCGCGCCGCCAGGCCGCACCGCCGGCUUGGGCCCACGGGCAAGGAGGUGCACGCCCUAAAGAGACUGAGGGAUUCAGCCAAUGCCAAUGAUGUGGAAACAGUGCAGCAGCUGCUGGACGAUGGCACGGAUCCCUGUGCAGCUGAUGACAAGGGCCGCACUGCCCUCCACUUCGCCUCCUGCAAUGGCAAUGACCAGAUUGUACAGCUGCUUCUGGACCAUGGGGCUGACCCCAACCAGAGGGACGGUCUGGGCAACACACCACUGCACCUGGCGGCCUGCACCAACCACGUCCCUGUCAUCACCACGCUGCUCCGAGGAGGGGCCCGUGUAGAUGCCCUGGAUAGAGCUGGCCGCACACCCCUGCACCUGGCCAAGUCGAAGCUGAACAUCCUGCAGGAGGGCCAUUCUCAGUGUCUGGAGGCUGUGCGGCUGGAGGUGAAGCAGAUCAUCCAUAUGCUGCGGGAGUACCUGGAGCGCCUGGGGCAGCAUGAGCAGCGGGACAGGCUGGAUGACCUCUGCACCAGGCUCCAGAUGACCAGCACCAAAGAGCAGGUUGAUGAGGUGACUGACCUCCUGGCCAGCUUUACCUCCCUGAGUUUACAGAUGCAAAACAUGGAGAAGAGGUAGCAAGAGCCUCCCCCACCUGCCACUGCCACUGCCACUGCCCUGUCCCCUCUGCUCUCUUCUACAAAGAAAAAGCCCAGGGGACUUUGGAACUCCACUUCUCCUCCUCAUCCUCAAGACGCUGGGGACAGCCGAGUCAUGCUCUUCGCCACCUGAGCCGCUCCCAGUCAGUCUCCAUCAUCUCCGCAGACGCAGAUCACCUUUGCUGCACGAGGCACCCUGCAGCCGUACUUCAGCUCUGGCUGACGUGCGCCACCGUCCUCAGGGCUCCCGCACCCUCAGCAGGCCCCGAAGCCUUCUUCCUGCUCCUUCCCAGCUAAGGGCCUGUUGCUGCCGGCUGGCUUUCAGCAUGUACUCUCAGGCCACCACAAGCUUCUUGGCUGGCCCUGGCCCUUUCUCCAGCACUGAGGUUUUAGUUCGUUGCCUGACUUCUGAGGAGACAUUGCAUCAGUUUCUCUGGUCAGAAGCAGGGAGGGUUGGUGAGGCCUAGGCCUUAAAUAAGGUUAGGGAGCAUCCCGCUGACUCCAGAAGGAAACGUUCCCCAACCCUUCCCCUGACAGUCACUGGAACAGCAGGAGGGGUUUGGUUGCUGCUAGUUGUCACAAGCUGAUUGUGGCCCCUAGAUGCCUAGGUCCUCGUCCAGGAUCCUGUGGGCUGGACCCCACAUGGCCGGAGAGGCUUUGUGGCUACAACUAAGUCUUCACACACACAUGGUCUGGAAUUAUCAAGGUGGGCUGGAUGAGAUCGUAGAGGUCAGUAUUAAGGGAAACAAGCAGAUGUGCUAAUAAGAGCAACAAGUUGGGAGGGGUCAGGCACCCAUGGCUCAAGCCUAUAAUGCUGGCUACUAAGGAGGCUGGGAUCUGGGAAUCACAGUUCAGAAAUGUCUCCGAGACUCUUAUUACCAGUUAACCAGCAAAAAGCAGGAAGUGAAGGUAUGGCUCCAGUGGUAGAACACCACCCUUGAGUGAAAAAGCCAAGUGAGAGCUUGAGGCUCAGAGUUCACAUCCCACUACCAGCACAAAAAUUCAAGGGUAAUGGCUGGUGCCCCAGUGCUAUCACAACUCGCUAGUAAGCCUGAGGCCCUUGGUUCAAAUCCCCAAGUACAAGUCCAGAGAAGAGGUCACAAGCCAAGGAAUGUAGGCUGCCUUCAGAAGCUAGAGGAGGCAAGGAAAUGGAUUUUCUCCAUUGGACUUCCAGAAAGAACUGGCUUUACUGACAACUUCAGACUUUAGCUCAGUGAGACUGAUUUUAGAUUAUAGCCUCCAGAAACCCAUGAGAAUGUCUGUGUUGUUUGUUGCCAUAGCAACAGGAAACCAAUAAAGUAGAUGCUCAAAUUCA